CGUAAGUUGACAAAAAAUAUUCCUAUGGGAAAUGCUACUUUGUAUUUACGGAGAAAUACAGUAUUCAUGGAAAAUGCUAAUCGCAGCCAUUUUCCUUUACGAAUGAGGUUCAGACUUGCUGACAGUGACUGCUAGAGCAAGGAGAUAUUUCAAGCCAAUUUAAGGUGUGAUACAGGCACAUCACAUUCGUUGACCGACUUGCUCGUACGUGUUCAGAGAUUAGCUCGAAUAAUUUAGGAUCUCCCACUGCGAGUUCCAUGAUAACACCAUACUCGCCUACCUCAAUAACGCACCCAAUCAAAUGCAUCCAUAUUCUAAUUGGCAAUCUUGGUCUUGGGUCAAGUCAACUUGUGUUUAUCGGAUCCAGAUCUCAUCGGAUUGCUUUGUAGCUUCAAACACAGGAGCUCAACCAUUCAUCCUGGAACCCCUCCCCAGCUAGGAUCCCUGAAGUCUUCUUCUCCAGGACUACUGAGUUUUCAAAGUUUCUUCCUCGUUGGAAUACUGGGAGAAGGUUGCAGAAGUUAUAAUGGAAUUCAACAUGCAGAUCCAUUGACCCGAGACGCACAGCUUUUACAUGGUUGUCAAUUUGAAGUGUUCAGCUGGCGAGACUAAGUUUGUGAGUCUACUGCCAAAUUAAUUUGUUAUUAGUCCAAAUCAUCUCUCAGAUCUGGUCAUUUCGUUUAACAAUGUCCAAAUUAGCUGUAUCUCAGCUGAUCUCUCCUUUUAUAGUCUCAUCUCUUUGUUCUUAGACGAUGCACAAUUAUGAGCAUUAGCAACAUUACUUGCGACCUGCUACCACACAACUAAAACGUAAGUAGAGAGUGAGAGACUGCACGAGCAAUGGCAGAUCUCGUGGUUGGCUUGGCCAGGUCGGUGGUAGAGGGGGCGCUGACCAAGGCGCAGUUGGCAAUCGAGGAGGAGGCAAAGCUGCGGCAGAGCACGCAGCGCGAUCUGGUGUUCAUCGCAGGCGAGUUUGAGAUGAUGCACUCCUUCCUCAACGUUGCCAACGAGGAGCGUGUCAAGAACAGUGUGGUGAGGACCUGGGUCAGGCAAGUCCGCGACCUGGCUUACGACGUGGAGGAUUGCAUUGAGUUUGUUGUUCACUUGGACAACGAGCCAAACUGGUGGCGCCGCUUGCUGCCGCCGUGCAUGGCGGUGGCGGCGCUGCCCCUUGAUGAGGCAGUCGCUGAGAUACAACAGCUGAAGGCCAGGGUUGAGGAUGUGAGCAGGAGGAACUCGCGCUACAGCCUUAUUAGCGACUCCGGCUCAAAGCCCAUCACGCAGCCACAGCCGGCGUCCAGCACCGCCGUCAGCACGACAGCGCUCGAUAUGCUCGUUGAGGCGAGGCACACUGCGAGAAAACAGCAAGGCUUGGGGGACCUCACCCAGUUGAUCGCCAAGGAAUGCAGUGACCUUGGGGUGAUCUCGGUGUGGGGAACAGGUGGUGAUCUUGGUACGACGUCCAUCAUCAGGAAAGCCUACCAAGACCCGGAAAUUUGCCAAAACUUCGGAUGCCGUGGCUGGGUGAAACUGACACAUCCUUUCAAUCCCCAUGAGUUCCUUCAGAGCUUGGUAUCUCAGUUCUACACAAACUCUUGCCUGCAAGAAGGAACCAAUGUAGAUGUAAAUGAACUGAAGAGGAUUGAGGUUACAGCGACCACGCAAGGCGGACUCAUUGAUGCGUUCAUGAAGCAAGUAAAUGAGAAGAGGUACCUAGUUGUCCUGGAAAACGUGUCCACAAUGGGAGAGUGGGAUGGCAUCAGGACAUAUCUACCUGACAAGAAGAACGGCAGCUGGAUCAUUGUAUCCACGCAGCAGUGUGAAAUCGCAAGCUUGUGCAUCGGGAAUUCUUAUCAAGUGUUGGAGCUGAAGCAGUACUCAGCUGAGCACUCUGUAUGUGUCUUCUUCAAGGAGGGUUCUCAAGGUCAUGGAGUUAAAGGUGAGGAGAUCAAUAAGGUGAUGGACAGCAGCAUUGAGAUAUUAACACAUGACGGAAUGAGCCACAUGAGUUACUUUCCCACAUCUAAAAGGAAAGCUGCCCGUGAUUGGAUGGACCAUUUUUACCUUGUUGAACGCGAGUUAGAAACGAACCAACUUCGUCACUAUAUUGCCAAGGCACGUUUCAAUGCUUUCCAAGUGAUGUCUCUGUGGGGGAUUGCUGGCGUUGGGAAAACAGCCCUCGUCAGGAACUUGUACUAUGACAGAAUUCUUCGAAGUGGCUCAUCAUUUGACAUGUACGGUUGGGUCAAUGUACCCCAUCCGUUAAAUCUAAGGGACUUCUGUCGGAACCUUCUUUCUGAUUUGCAUUCAGAACCCCUUCAAUCCAUGGGAAUCAAAGACCCCAUUCAAGAGUGUCGUAAGAUUCUAAAAGAACAUCGGUGCCUCGUCAUAAUUGAUGAUCUGCAGUCCACGGAAGAAUGGGACAUAAUUCAAGCUGCUUUAGUAUCUAGACCUUCCGGAAGCAUUAUCAUUGCCAUUACAACUGAAGCAAGCAUCGCCACACAUUGUGCAGAUAAUGAAGAGGUCAUUCUUAAUGUCAAAGGUCUAGAAGCUGAAGCAGCCUUCAAGCUCUUUCAAAAGCAGGUACUUAAGAAAAAGACAUCAUCUUCUAUAACGGACUCCAAAGCUGCGGAGCUACAAGAACUUAUACUAAAGUGUGGCGGACUUCCCAAAGUAAUAGUUGCUAUAGCUGAUUUUUUGGCACCCAAGACAGUCACAUGGAUGGAUAGUGCAAGUUCUAUGAAUCGCAGAUUUAUGCAUGAGCUGGAGAGCAGCCCAGAGUUCGCUAGUCUACAGGCACUAUUUGGCUGGAUGCAUUCGUACUUUCGUACAUGCCCAGAUUUCCUCAAGCCAUGUAUCUUCUAUCUAUCGAUUUUUCCAAGAGACCACUGCAUUCGACGGAGGCGUUUAGUGAGACGCUGGAUUGCGGAGGGCUACUCCAGGGACUCCGACAAGAGUUCUGCAGAGGAGAGGGGAGAGUGUUUCUUCUCGAGGCUGCUUGAUCUGAGCAUAAUCCAGCAGCCACCACAUUCAGUCACAACUGCAUUCAAUGACACAAGAAUGGUAUUGUGUCAAGUCAACAGUUUCAUCCGCGAAUACAUCAUCUCUCGUCAAAUGGAAGAGAACCUUGUCUUUGAACUGGGGGGCAGUUGCACCAUGACCACUCAACGCUCAGGGCGUCACCUCAGCAUACUGGAAAGCUGGGAUAGAGACAGAAUUGUGUUUGAAAACAUAGAAUUCUCACGGCUACGGUCUCUGACAGUGUUCGGAAAGUGGAGAUCCUUCUUCAUCUCUGACAGGAUGAGGUUGCUUCGGGUGCUGGAUCUUGAGAAUGCAUCAGAUGUGAAAUACAAAGACCUCAAACAAAUGAUGAAGCUGCUGUCUCGCCUCAAGUACCUUUCGCUACGAGGAUGCACUGAUAUCUGCCGGCUGCCGAGUUCAUUGGGUGAUUUGAGGCAGCUAGAGACUCUGGAUGUCUUACGUACCUCUGUUGUGACGAUGCCAAUGACCAUCACCAAGCUAAAGAAGCUGCAGUACAUUCGUGCUGGUACCAUAAUACCAAAAGAGGAACAACUAACACCAGAUACCUCGGCAUCACCGUCAUCAUCUGUGUUCUGUAGAAGUCGACAACUAGAUGGUGUUGAGGUGUCUACAAGGAUUGGGGAAAUGACAGCAUUGCACACGCUCGGUGUUGUAAAUGUCAAUUCUGCAGGGGGGAGGGCAAUCCUGAAAGAGCUCAGGAAGCUCACCCAGUUGCGCAAGCUCGGGCUUUCAGGUAUCAACAAGAAAAACAGCAAGGAGUUUUUCUCUGCACUCUCAGGUCAUGGCCAUUUGGAAUCCUUGUCAGUGCGGGUAAACAAGUAUCAUCAAGAACUUUUGGAUGGCAUCUUCCCCAACGUUGCGGUGUUCUCGCCACCAAAGAAUCUACAGAGCCUUAAACUGUAUGGGCUUGUAGACAAGUUGCCAGUAUGGAUCAACCCUCUUCACAAGCUCACAAAGUUGCAUUUGGAGAUGACUAUAUUAGCAGAAGAUACCAUUAGGGCCCUCCAGGAUCUUAAGCUUUGUAUUCUACGUCUCAGUAUCAAGCAGCUUCCUGGUGGUAAGCUCGACUUUUGUGUCAUGUUGCAUGGAGAAGAGUUGCGAUGCUAUGAAACAGUAAAGAUACUUGAGAUUGCUUGCAGCUCCACCUUCAAUGUAACUUUCGGAUCACAAGCACUGCAAAAUCUUGAGCUGCUGAAGGCUCACUGCUUGAGUGGGUCAAGGUCUCAAUUGCAAUUCUCUGGGCUAGAAAAACUGUCUGAACUCAAGGAGGUCCAGAUUAAGGGUUCCCAUGACUGCACACUCAAGGAAGCCUUGGAGCAGCAACUCGCCAUGCAUCAAAAGAAUCCUGUUUUGAAGAUUGAGUAGCUACGUUCGUCCGGUGAUUGAUGCUGAGCUCGAGACCAUUGUUUCAGUCGGCCAAGCAUUGCCGGACAAAACGAUCGGUGCUAUUCAUUUGCUGGUUUUUUCUUUCUCGCUCCUACUCAACCCUAGUGUUCUGGAUCGGAAUGCCUGUGUAACUGUCCUGCGCUGCAACCAUCGGGAGAAGAAAAAUACAUAACUAGUCGGUACUUUUCCUAUAUGCAUAAUGCAUUUUACGUAGUGAAAUACAUAACUAAACGCGGUCCGUUUUAUGGUUCGGUACGGAAAAAUCCCAGCUUAUAUAUCUUAUAGAAAAAAAAUGCUCUCGUGAUAUAUUUAUAUGUAUAUGCUAGAAUUUGGACAUGUCCAUUUCUGUGGCAUUACAUUCAAAAAGCAAUUGCUAUGGUAUUUAUCUUGAUAUCUUGUA